AUGGCAGGCGAAUCGCUUAAUUUCGGGGCUUUGGCGAUUCCCGCCGUCACCGCUCUCAUAAGUUUUCUUGCAUAUUCAUCUCAGUUUCUCUUCCUGUUCCUCGAACCAGGACCGCUCAGCAAGGCUGAGACAUGGAAGUUCAACACCCUGGUCGCUUGUAUAUGGAUCAGCUAUUACCGUGCCUGCACUGUCGAUCCUGGCCGCUUGCCGAAAGAUUGGUCGCCAAAGUCGUCUUCUGUGGCAAAGGAUAAAGACGGCAAAAGUAAGGGAGACGCUGAUGUUUCGGUUCGGCAACGAUGGUGCAGGAAGUGCGCCGCGUUCAAGCCGCCGAGAGCACAUCAUUGCAAGACCUGUCAACGUUGUAUACCGAAAAUGGAUCACCAUUGCCCUUGGACACGCAACUGCGUGUCUCAUUUCACAUUCCCGCACUUUAUGCGUUUCCUAUUUUAUGCCGUUACUUCCAUGAUCUAUCUUGAAUCUUUUAUCUUAACAAGAAUUGAUGUUCUGUGGGAUAACAGGAACUUGCCUAGUUACCUUGGCCCCAGCGUACCAGCGCUAUGUCACUUCUUCAUCCUUAUAGUCGUCAAUAGCAUGACAUUAUUUGCCCUUGUGGUCCUCCUACUCCGAAGUCUUUGGUCUCUAGGCUCGAACGUCAGCACAAUCGAGUCGUGGGAGAUCGAGCGCCACAAAACGCUUCUCCGACGAGCGCGCCACUUUGGCGGUUAUCUUGAUGGGCCUGAUGGCUUGAAAAUCAGGAUCAAAAAGCAGGAGUUUCCCUAUGAUAUUGGGAUUUUUAGCAAUAUUAAAGCCGGGAUGGGCGGUAGUUGGAAUGUUAUCAGCUGGUUUUGGCCCUUUGCGGCAACACCUGAUCGAAAAUCUGGUUUGGACUUUGAAGUUAAUGGCUUCGAAGAUCCAAAUGUGUCCUGGCCACCACCAGAUCCAGAUCGCAUUCCGCGAAGGCCACGCCCGGUCGUGGAAGGUGACCCAUUCAGUGUUCCUCAUUUCGACUCUGCUGCCGACGAAAUUGCAGCUUUCAGGCAACGGCAGGAGCAAGAUUUGGCACGCCAAGGGGUCGAUAUUAAUAAUAUUCGGCGGCGCAAAAAGUUUCAUGAACGCUUCAAGGAAGAUAAACGUUCUAAUGGGCAAUCGCAGAUAUAUGCUGACUUAGAAGGAGAAGAGGAAAAGGAAGAAAAUGGUGCAGAUGUUGCAGAAGAAGAAGAAGAAGAAGAAGAAUGGGUGCAUGAAGUGCGUGAAUCAAAUCGCAAUAUUGAUAUUGAUGAAGGUGAAGAAGCCUGGAGGAAUGAAGAGGGGGAGAGGCUCAAUGAUUUUGGUGUUGAUGAAGACGUUGAAUUCUACGAUGAAGAAGAUGUGCCUUUAUCUGUUGUUCGGGACAGGAUUAAAGCUGGAAUGUAG